CGCUUGAUUUCAAUCUCUACUGAGACAAAGCAACUGUGAUUUGUUUUUGAAAUGCAUUUAUGUUGGCAUAUGUUUAAAUGGAACAUAUAAAACAAUAAUCACAGGACUUAUUUAUCUUGUUUUGUUUUUUUAAAAAUACAACCGGGGCGUUCAUUUUUCGGUUCAGCGUUAUAUUCAUAAUUGGGUUUCCAACUUUCGUUUUAUAUUUUGACCGUUUCAUAGAAGCGUUCGUAUUGUUAACUCAUAACACUCUUAGAGAGAUAAACUGACUACCUCGUAAUACAACGAGUAAUAGCACUAUGGUUUGGGUUGAACUUAAGGAUUUUAAAUGCCCGUCAUCGGGUUGUGACUCAAGAGGAACAUGGCUUUGCAAAGAAGAUGGCACAAGCAUGUACAUAAAUGAGAAGGGAAUAAUGGAAUGUCACCCUGGAACACAUACAGGAAAGAUUGUAGAGUGGGGAUGGAAAUGCAAGAAGGACUGUCACCAGGGGGAGUAUUUCAAAGCAGAUUUUGAAGGGUUUUGCUUCUCGUUGUCCAUGGCAGUACAAUACGCAGGAAAAGGGGGGAGUGAAUGGGCGAUUUCAUUGAUACAGGAACUUGGAAAACAAUACAACAAAUAAAUCGAAGUACUUAAAGAUCCAAACAAUCGUGUCACGGUUUUGUUUUGUGAUUUCGUAAUUGAAAUGGAAUUGUCUGUCAUGUUAUUUAAGUCUGAAUGGUAUAUUAUUGUUUCUGUGUUUGUGUGUACAAAUUUAAUUGAACCGAAAUAGAAGGAUUUAAUAAACAUGUUAUUGGCAUGCAUGUGAUCACAGAGCGAAUUUUUAAUGCAAUUUGGUUAAAACAACUCAACAAAUAUAUUUCUCAUAUACUAUAAAACAAAUGUAUUUUAAUAUGCACUCUAUGCAGUGAUAGCAAAACAUUUGUUACACAAUUCAAAGUUUGGAAGGGACUUGUUCUGAUGUUGCCGGUUGCUGACCAGGCAACUAUUCAAAAAUGGGUUUCAAAAAAUUCAUAUAUUGCUGCCGCAUACGACUACCAAAAAAAGGCAUCACGUUGUUUAAUGUAACUUCUAAAAUAUUCUCGUUAUUUUUGAGAUAUAGGAUAAAUAAGUAGUGUGAAACUAAUAAUAAAUUAAAUAAUGCUUAAUGGUCUUUCGCGAUACUGCAGUUCGGUGGAUUGUAUAUUCAUUUGGUACACUGUUAUUCAAAAGAUGUUUUCACAGAAACGAAAAUUAUGUUGUGCAUUUAUUGACUAUGAAAAGUCUUUUGACACUGUUAUACAUAAUGUGUUUUGGAUUAAAAUCCUCCAAUCUGAUAUAAGUAGUAAAAAGUUAAAAAUGUUUAAGUCUUUAUAUGCAAAUGUAAAGGCAUCUGCCAUAGAUUUGUAUAAUAUGUCAUAUUUAGUUAUUUUUGAUAAUUCUCUUGGUUUGAAACAAGGGGAACCCUUGCUCCUCUUUUAUUUAUUUUGUUUAUAAAUGAUAUUAAAGGCAAUGUAGAAUUUG